AUGCAUGCGUUGGCUAAGCGUGGACACCAAGUAACGGUAAUUACUACUGAUCCUGCGUUUCCAAAAGGACAUAGCCCUCAAAAUCUUACAGAAAUUGAUGUUCAUGACAUAUCCUAUAAAAUAUGGAAUGAAUUUUUAAAAUCUGAAAGGAGACAAGAACGUGAUCCUCAACUUAAUUUAAGAUAUAUUUUUGUGGCCUUGAACGAAAUAUUUGAGAAACAGUUAAAAUCUCCUGAAGUUUAUGAACUUAUCCAUAAUAAAGAGAAGGUUUUUGAUUUAUUAUUCAUUGAAACAUGCGUAAGACCUACCUUAAUUUUGUCACAUAUUUAUAAAGUACCAGUAAUAGAAAUGAGUUCUUUCGGUGGAAUUUAUGAAACAUUUGAAACUACCGGUGCUCCUACAAAUCUUCUCUUUUAUCCUUUAGCGCACCGUGAGAGAUUCAACAAUUUAUCAAUAUGGGAAAAAAUAUUGGAAUUCUAUGCUCAAUACAAAGACGAGCAGCUAUAUACAGAAUUAGUAAAAGAAGAAGAGGGAAUGUUAAAGAAAAUAUUUGGAUCAAAUAUACCUGGGAUAAGAGAACUAAAAAAGAAUGUGCAAAUGCUUUUUUUAAAUGUUCAUCCUAUAUGGGAUUUUAAUCGGCCUGUUCCCCCAAAUAUUGUUUAUUUGGGUGGAUUACACCAAACACCUUCAAAACAAUUACCUCAGGAAUUACAAUCUUACCUCGAUUCAUCUAAAAAUGGAGUUAUAUACAUGAGCUUUGGUACCAACGUGGAGCCAUCUUUGUUACCGAGUGAAAAGCUAGAAAUAUUUGCAAAAGUCUUUUCUAAAUUACCGUACAACGUUUUAUGGAAGUGGAAUACCGACGACAGUCCAGAACGAUCUAACAAUGUUCGAACUUCUAAGUGGUUUCCACAAUCUGAUUUGCUAAAACAUCCAAAUGUAAAGUUAUUCAUUACACAAGGAGGUCUACAAUCAUCGGAUGAAGCUAUAACUGCUGGUGUACCUUUAAUUGGUGUACCGAUAGUUGGAGAUCAAUUCUUCAAUGUAGAACACUAUGUAAGACUUAAAAUAGGAAUCAGACUAAACAUAAAAUCCCUUACUGAAGAUAUUUUGGAGAACGCCAUAGAAAGUAUAAUUAAAAAUGAUAGG